UAAUGAUUGUUUCGUAUUUUCUUUUGCAUGACUCGUAGUAACGCGCGUAAAUUAACGACGCUGGAUUGUAUCGGUAUUGUGUACGUAUCGCCACCAAAUAAUUAUGAUAUUUUAAAUUCUUCAUAUUUCCUUGUUGGGAAGUGCGUUUUGUCUCGAUAAUAAUAAUUCUACUCGGGUGGGUACAAAGAAGUUUCUCAUUAUCGGUCUCGGAUUAUUCGACCCAAACCACCGUGUUUCCGUUGCUCUGUUGAUUAUUGCGUUUCAUUGCGAUUCGCGUUUCAAUGUCCGUAUUUCUCAUAGCGCUGUUGCAGUUGUUCCACUCUGUUUCCGCUUUCCAAGCGUGUGUGUGUCGUGUGUGAUCUUGUGUUCCUGAACGCCGCCACAGCCAUUGUUCCACCAUGAACAACGACAUUUACAAGUGUCGAUUAUGCGAUCGCAUGUAUCAUGACAAGGAAGUCGUCAUCGAUUUAUCGUCGGAGGAGGCCAAGAAAGAACAAAUUACCUCCAAAAUACUCAGCGCCCUGUCAAUCAUAAUUACUGAUCAUGAUCCUACACCGAAGUAUAUUUGUAGGGUAUGCUAUGGGCAAGUUGAAGUAAAUUUUAGAUUUGCAACUACGUGUCGAAUAAAUAAUGCAAAACAUAUGGAAAAAUUAAUGAAUGUACCAUCAAAUGAUAUGCUUAGAAAAGAACAAAUUCAAUUCAUGAGAAUACCAAUUCAUGUUUUGUUUAAUAAAUACCAGUUUGAUAUGAAAGGAUUGUUUGAUGCAGUAACAAAGUAUUUGAAUGAUACUAAUGAAGACCCAAGUUCAACUCGACAUUUUGAAAAUUUUGACAAUUAUUUUGGUCUUAAUAACCACAGUGGUAUCACAAAUAACAUUGAGAAUGAUAAUCCUGUUGGUAAUGGAAUUCCAGAAAGCUCUUCAGUACUUGAUGUAAUAGAGCCUAAUAUUGACACAAACAAUAUUGACAAUAUUUAUAAUUCUGGCAUAAAUCCUUAUAAACGAUCUUUUAUAUUUAUACCUAUCGUAAAUGCAAAUCAAUUGAACCAUGCAGCUGAAACUAGCACGAAUAAAAAUGUUCAAUUCAACAAAAACUUUCCUAUUAAUUCUAGAAAUAAUGUAAACAAAACAAGUCAAUUUCGUGUACUAAGUAGACCAAUUUCAAUACUUAGAAACGGUCAAAUUGCUGGGACAAAAAAUAUUUCCCAAAAUAAUGGUAUUGCUGCAUGUCAAACUCAAUCUGCUGUGAAUAGUUUUGCCAUGCAUAAAAAUCAAUCUACUAUGAAUAGUCCUGCUAUAGUCCGAAAUACAAUAAAUAAUCAUAGUUAUAGUCUUCUCUCUAAAGAAAAUGGCACAACAAAUGAUGAUGACGUGAUUUGUUUGGAUGAUGAUGAUGAUGAUGAUGUUAUUAUUAAUGAUAAUAAUAAUAACGAUGGCUCACAAGCUUUUCAAGAUAAUAGAAUUCCUCGUAAUAUGUGGGUAAAUUCUAGCAAUGUACAAGCUAAUACCAACAAUAAAAAAACUUAUCAACGUAUAGACAAAAAUAACCCAAGAACAAAUCUCAUCACUUAUAAUAGAAAAUUAAUGCCUAUACCCGAAAAUGUACAAACGGAGAAUACUGAACAUUCUUCAAGUAUCUCAUGUGAAGAAAUGAUGAUUACUCCAGAUUUGGACUUCUCAACUUCUAAUUUGGGUUCUUCGUUAAAUGGAGAAGAUGAGGACUUUGAAGAAGUACCAUCUCAAGAAAACAACGAGAUAAUUGAAUCAUCAUUAGUUAUACCAGAAACUGAACCAUCAACAGAUUUACCACCGGGUGCUGGUAUCCAUUUUUUAUGUACUUCUAACGAUAACGAUAAAGUUGAAUUGACUAAAAAAAAAGAAGACAAUACUGAAAAAAAAAAACCAUCUGUAAGAAAAAGGAGAAAUCUUAAUACCAAAAAGGCUGUGCCUCCUAAAAAACAGUCUCAACAAAGUUCUACUGUUCAACAUUAUCAAAAAGCUAAAAAUCAAAUACCAACACCAUCUACUUCUACACAAACGACAGAAAGGUCAAACACAUCAUUAACAAAACCUAGGCCCAAGAGAGCAUCUGCUAUUGCAGCUACUUUUGAGAAAAAAAAUUCUGGUUUAUGGAAAUUAGGAAAACAUAUAGAUGGUUAUUGGGCGCCAGACACAGAACGUAUUUCAUUACCAUUGUUCCGAUGUCCAAUUUGUGAUGUAAUUUACUGGAGUAUUGAGUCACGUCAAAGACAUGAAAUGUCAGCCCAUUCAUCGCUGCUUAAUUCUAUAAAUAAAUCUGUAGUGAAUUCUGCUCCUUCAGCAGGAAAUGCAGCAUGUACUCAACAACUACAUCUUAUGAAUUAUUUGCAACUUCGCUUAGUAAAUAAUGAUGAACCAGAUGCAAUCAACCAUUUGGCCAAGAGAACACAUUUAUUGAAAGCACUCAAGAUUAUUGGACCCAAAACUAGUGGAUUUUUCAAGUGUAAUAGUUGCCCGUAUGAAACAAAUCUUAUGUUUGCUUUAUGGGCACAUAUGUCUUCCAAUCAUUUAAAAUCUGAUUUUGAAAAAAAAUCAUGUUUAUUUUGCUUUUUGUGCAAUCGCUCAGUUAGUAAACGUACAACAUUGCUCAAACAUGUAGACAAAUGUUCAAAAGAAACAUUAGUUGUUGAUAAUUCAUGUAAUCAAUUUGUCUGUACACUUUGCAAUCUUACCUUUGAUUCUUUAAUAAAACUUGAAGAUCAUACUUGGAGACAUAAGUAGUGAGUUACUAGUAAGGUUAUAAACAUUCAUAUUACUUAUAUAAUAUAUAUAUAUAUGGUAUAUAAUUUACAUAUUAUAUAUACAUAUGUAUAAUAUAUGUUUUAUAUCUGACCUUUGU